AUGUAUAAUCUUGACUGUGCCUAUCUUUUCCAGAUUGUGCUUUUCGAGGACCAGGACUUUCAGGGAAAGUCCUAUGAUUGUAAAGGGGACUCAGCUGACCUGCAUGGUUACAUCCGCAGAUGCAACUCGGUCAAGGUAGAAGGUGGCUGGUGGGUCCUGUACGAGCGCAACAACUUCACAGGCUACCAGUAUAUUGUAGGUCCAGGGGAGUACAAUGGCUACCGCCAUUGGAUGGGAUUCAAUGACUGUGUCCGAUCCUGCAAGAUCAUCAAAAUCGCUAAAGGGCCAUACAAGCUGAAGCUGUUUGACCGGCCAAACUUUGACGGCCAGUCUCUGGAGUUGACAGAAAACAUGAAGUUGGUCCAGGAGAAAUGGCCCAGACAAGAAGUCCAGUCCUGCAAGGUCCUGGAGGGGUCCUGGGUUUUCUAUGAACAUCCCAACUUCUGCGGUCGCCAGUACCUGCUGGAGAAAGGGGAGUACCGACACCACUCAGAGUGGGGAGCUCUGAAAGCACUGGUGGGCUCCAUCAAGAGAAUCAUGGAGCUGUGA